GUUAUAUUUGCUUACUUGGCAACUUCGCUCCCACUACCAAGAGCUCCAAACGUUCACCAGCUAGAGUGGUAUGCCGCCCCACGUUCUCGUCAAGGAGCAGUCGUCCACGUUCCGUUUCGUGUUCCGCCUUGUGCCGCCUUCAGUGAAGCGUAAAACGUUCCAGACUUAUACGCUGAUCGUCCCGUGGAUUAGCCACAUCAUCGGCUUCCUGGUGCUUGUCCUCGUCUUCGUGGACGCGAUAGCCAACAACUGGGCAGUCAACGACUACUGCGGCAACGCGCUGCAGUUCCGUACGCCCUUUGCGCACAUCGAAACCGCUUCAGAGCUACCGAACGACUUCAUCUUUGGUCAAGGCAGGGGGUUCUCCAACAUGUCAUUUGUGGGUCGGUGGAUGAUGUCGUUGGCCGUCUCCGAUGUGGCCUCCCAUAGCGACAGCAUGUACAUCCUCACGGCCGGGCAGUACUCAAUCCAGGCAGCGACCAUGAACUACUGCGGUACCUUGAAUGGAAACUAUUCCGUGCCGGACCUGUCGAUGCCGGUCAAGUUGGCGGUUGUGGACGACGGCGUGACGUACCUACGUGGCGACGCAUUGUCGCACUGGUUCACUAACGACCUGGUCGACAACUUGCCGACGAAAUCAUCCAAAAAGGCAGACGUGCAAGCUCUGGGGUUUCACCCCGCUCGGAUGCAGGCGGAUUUACGGCUAACUAUGGGCCUGGACAUCAAGAACACGUCAAAAACGCAAACUUUCGCCGUCUCGUUUUAUCGCGUGUACAGCAAAAGCUACUGCACCGGGUGUGUGCCCCUGGCUACCCUUGGUCACGGCACGUGCAACCUGACGGUGCAAUACAUUCAGCGCACCAAUAUGGUGGUUGUGACCAAGAGCUUCUCCAUGCCCGACUCGACGCACUACCUCGGUCUGAUGUUCAGUCGUAGCAUCUACACCAUCAUCGGGUCUGUCCUCAAGUACGUGGCCAUCUUGAUUGGCAUGGCGGGUUUCCUCGCCAGUCGAAAGACUGUCCAGUGGCACGACCGCAGCCCAGACAAAGUUGAAUCCGUGACCGAGAAGCUCAUGGACAUGGUCGUGCCCAAGUACUUUUCGCACCAGAGCUUCGCCAUGACGUUUGACUUGUUUUGCUAUAACAGCGACCUGCUUGUGUUGCUCUUUGUCGUGAGCAACUUGCUGGACAUGAACCAGGCGAUUCAGUACAUCCGAGAAGUGAACGCGUACAACGCAUUGAGUCCGCAGUGGGAUAUGACGGUCAAGUUGUUUGCACUGAGCACGCGCCUCUUGUGGCUCAACGUUGGGUUGGUCAAACUGGCCAAAAUGACCGUGCACUUCGUCUCGUCGGCUACGUACUCUGGGCACAGUCGCGUGAUGAGUUGGCUCAACUUUAGCAGCGUCACGACGCUGUAUUUGAGUGCGAUUUUGCUCUAUUUCGUGCCCGACUACAUUGAGUACAACAACAUCUGUCGAUGGGAUAUUGCCAACAGUUUGGAAAGUAUCAACGGAAGCGUGAUUGACAGUUUCAAGAGCUUCUACUUUCGCGGCGCACCGGCCAUUGGUAUUGGCCUCGCCCUCAACGUCGCAGGGGUGUUAGCAGUCGACCACUUGGUUUUGUUCGAGUUCUGGCGUAACUUGAGCAAGAACAGCCUCGGGCGCCAAGUUAUGUUCAACACCACGUGCAUCACGUGUGAGUUCGUGGGAGCUUUCACGGUCGAAAAUUAUGGUAGAGCUGUGCUCGAGUGUAAAGCGCGGCGCCUGAGCACCCUGCAGUGGUAUUUCAUGAGCCAGACGAUGUGCUUUGGCUUACCGGAGAAAGAACUGAGCAAACAGAAGCAAAGUGGCAACCCGACGUUGGAUAUCGUGACCACAAUCAAGCCGAACUAUUCAAAUGAACAAGGCAACGGAGAUAUCUUCCACGUGAUCAACCAGAGUGGCAACGGACACAUCCACCUACUCGACGACCAACUUGUGGAUGUCCAGACCGUCGCGUUCAACAUCAAAAUCCUUCACGAUACCGCACUGUACAUUCGAUAGAUAACCCAGCACAUUGUUUCACA